UUCCCCCUCUUACAGUUUCACUUCACUAACACGACUUCCUUCUUAUCUGCUGGUAUUUGUAAAAGCAUCGUCAGUCUUUCUUAUUAUAGCUCGGGGCACGCAGCCUGUGAACUGGUUUCUUUACUUGUAUCAUUCUAGUCCAUUUAGAAAAGGAGAUCAGAAAAACCAAAAAAAAAAAAAAAAAAGAAAAAAAAAAGAGUGUGCUUCAGGCGAAUCCUCCGUAAGACACCAGAAGAUCUGCCGGAUAAUGGUGAGUUUUUUUACUUUAGUGGAGCCAGUGGUGGUUAUGCACAAACUGGGCAGCUCCUUUUUUGAGAUGGCUCUCACCCUGACAGUGUACAACCACUCACUGGAAAUGGCAGGUGGACAUCCUGACCGAGCUCAGGCAGCGUCGUCGAGCUUCUUCCUCAUCCACUCCAUCAUCUCGGCAGUAGCGUCCAUGAUUUCCAGCUUCCCACUAGGCCGCAUCGCAGACCGACAGGGACCUAAAGUGUUUUUGGUCGUUCCUCAGAUGGGAUCUCUCAUAGGAAUGUGCUUUCUGGUUGUCUUCCUGUUCCACAAUCUACCCGUGGAGUUCCUCUUCCUCGGAUCCAUGGUGUACGGCCUCAGCGGAGGUCCUCCUGCUUACUGGGCUGGUGUGGUGGCUUUGGCGUCACUCAGCUCUAAGCAGAAGCACCGCACGUUAAAACUCAACGUUGUGGAUCUCUGUGUUGGCAUUGCAGGGGUGCUGGGUGGUCUACUAUCUGGGUAUGUCUACCAGAUAGGACAUCGAGGAUUGGUCCUGCUAAUGACCGCCAUGCUCUUCACUGCGGCGGCGCUUUUUCAUGCCGUGUUUCUGCUCUCCAGUUCAAGACAAAAGAGUGAUGAGAAGGAGCGUCUACUGUCAAGUGGUGAAAGGAUGGACAAAGUCGCAGUAGGGCUGUUGAUGUCAGCCAUUGUGCUGUUUGAUCUGGGUAUGAUCGGAGCAGAGAACGUUCUCACGCUCUACGUGCUUAAGCCUCCAUUGAGCUGGGAUUCAGUGUGGGCUGGUUAUGGCAACGCAGCCACAAACGCCAUGUAUCUGAGCAGCUUCCUCGGGGUGCUAGCGCUAUCCGGUGUGCUAGGAGAUGUUGCCCUGUCUCUGCUCGGCAUCGUGUCCAACUGUACAGGAAUGGCUAUCAUGGCAUUCACAGUGGAGAGUUGGGUCUACUUCAUGGCACGAGGGAUAAUGAUGUUUGCCUGUGUUCCCAUGCCAACGCUGCGAGCGAUGCUUUCCAAAGUUCUGGACGCGCAGCAAUACGGACGUGUUUUCGGGCGGCUACAGUUGGCUCUGGCUGUGACGGAACUUCUGUCUACGGUGCUCUUCACCUCUAUUUACCCUCUGACUCUGAACUGGUACAGCGGCCUCUGUUUCCUUCUCUCUUGCGCCAUCAGCUACCUCAGCAUCAUACCUAUCCUAUACCUGACGUUUAGGCAGAGGAGAACUGGGUACACAGCUAUAUAAGUGGGGGGAACCUCUUUACUCCAAGAAUUGUACUAGCUAUGAGAAUGGAAAAGCUACAAACACUAUAAGACCCUUGACAUUUCCCCAAGUGUCUCUGCUUCCACUUGGGGUGAAUUUUGGACACAGAGUAAGAAUGUCAAAAUAUUUCAAUAAGCUUCCCUGCAUCCAGACAUACAGAAUAAAAUCCUGCACUAGGAAUCCCGCAAGGUUUUCCACCAGUUUACUGCUCUCCAUCCGUUUCACAUAAUUCCCCGUGACGCAAUCCUCCGAAGAUGCCCGAAACUCAGACGUUAAGUGAAAAUUGCUCAAACACUGGGGAUUACAAUGCAAAUGCUCCUUCCUAAAGAAAGAUUCCUAUUAUUCAGAAUGAGGUUAGGCAGGGCUUCCUGAGUGCCACAGCUGAUGAUGCUGCACUCCUGAAGCUCUUCAACUCCAUCAUCCCUUUGAAGGAUCAGGAGGAUAUUAAGGAUAUCAUUUCUGCAGUUCCUGGCAUGUGAACUGCAGUGUCUAGUAGACCUUAAAUAGCUAUUUGGUUAUGCAUAAGCUCAAUGGGAAAACCAUGGUUCUUAAGAGUUAGUGGACUUGUGCUGAAGGUAGAACAGCAAAGGGGAGAACUCUCCGGUUUGGGGAGUAAAAGCCACUCCUGGAAGCUGCCUCCAGUCAUCAUGAACUGUUCUAAAUGGGACAAUGUGUGUUGAAGUGUGUUACUGGAAAUGUUGUGACAACGAUAAACGGCAGAAAUGUACAUAAAACGGGAAGACCAUUCUACAGUGUGUUAUUUUAUGAAAGCAUUCAUGUUGGAUUCAUCAUUGUGGUGUUGUUCAUAUUGUUCGCAUUAAACCGAGGGCAGACAUUUCUGGACAAUAUUACUAUACAGUGGAUUUAUAUAUAUAUAUAUAUAAAAAGUCUACACACAUCUGUAAAAAAAAAAAAAAGGCAGGUUUUUGAAAAAUGAAACCAAGAUAAAAUCACACCAGACCUUUUUCCCCAGCAACUGAGCAGUUGAGGGUUAAGGGCCUUCCUCAAGGGCCCAGCAGUGGCAGCUCGGCAGUACUGGGAUCUGAACUCACGACCUUCCGAUCAGUAAUCCAGCAUCUUAACUACUAACCAUUUCCACCUUUAGUGUGAUAUAGCAACCAACAGAAUUGAAGUGAAAAAGAAAGAGAAAGGUUUUUUUUUUUGGCUGGGGGGAGAAAAAGAAAGACUAUAACAACCUGGUUGCAUAAGUAUGCACACCCCUUAACUAAUAUUUUGUUAUAUUCUGACUGGACCAUUCAAAAACAUUGAUCUUCUUCUUCUGAAGCCAUUCCUUUGUUGAUUUGGGAUUGGGAUUUGGGUUGUUAUCGUUCUCAUAGGUGAACGUUUUCCUUCAUCUUCAUCUGUCGGACAGAGGCCUGCAGGUUUGUGCUUCUAUCCAGCUGAAGCCAAGCAGCCCAAAAGCAUGAUGCUGCCACCACCAUGCUUCACCGUGGGUAUGUUUUCCUUUAGGCAAUAAGCGUGUAUUUUGCACCAAACAUAUCUUUACGAAUUAUGCAGAAAAGGUUCUACCUUGUUCGCAUCAAACCAUAACACAUUUUGCCACAUGGUUUAUGGUGAUUUACGUGGGCUUGGUUGUUUUGUUGGGUUUUCUUUUUCAUGUGAAAGAGCUUCCAUCUAGCCACCCUACCUACCCCAUAGCCGUGACAUGUGAAGAAUACAAGAGAUUGUUGUCACAUGCAAUUGUUUAAUGUCUUUAAUCUUGCCAAAGGUGUCUUGGCAGCCUCCCUGAUAAAUGUUCUUCUUGUCCUUUUGUCUGCUUUGGAGGGAUGUCCUGUUCUUGGUUCUUAAUGUUACUCUUAAUGUUACUUUUGAGCAUGUGGUGGCUUAGUGGUUAAGGCUCUGGGUUACUGAUCAGAAGGUCGGGGGUUCAAGCCCCAGCACUGCCAAGCUGCCACUGUUGGGCCCUUGAGCAAGGCCCUUAACCCUCUCUGCUCCAGGGGGCGAACCGUUGGAUGAAAUGGUUGGAUGAAAAUAAACAAAUCCUACAAAAACAUCUGAUCUCUAUUUGGGUUUAAUCAGAAUCACUUCAUUGAUGAGCGGUGUAUGAUAAUUACAUUUGAACAGGAGAUCGAAUUGAGAUCAUUCUCUUUUCAGAAUUAGGUUCAUUCUGAGCACAGUCACACGACCCAUUAUAAAAGGCUGUGCACACUUAUGCCACCAAAUUAUCGUAGGCUUUUCUUUUGUCCCCCUAAAAUAUUUCUGUUUUUCACAUGAAUUCUAUUGGUUGCUAUCUCACAUUAAAGGUUGAAAAAGAUCUGACAUGACUGUUCACAAAUAAAUGCAAUUUUAACAGGGGUGUGUAGACUUUUAUAGCCACUGUGUAUAAAAAAAUAAAAAAAAAAAAGAUAUACAACCCAUCUACACUACACUACACAGUGUUUUCACCCUUUUUGUAAGGCAAUUAAUUAUAUAUUUAAUAAAGAACUGUGAAAAAAAAAGUGCACAAAAUGCUACCUGUGAGUGUGGAAAUACUGUGCUGAACACUUGAUCAUGUGCAAUAUUGAUCUUUCUUCGUUUGGCCUGCUUCCGUCGCUGUAUUUC